AUGCAUUCAACGUCGGCCUCAAGCUCCUCGGCGGACUACAUUCGACCAUCAGGCUACUUCUACGAUGAUGCUGACGACCCGUUCGCAGGCGCCUUCUGGCCGCAAUUCGAAGAUCCUCACGACCUUGCUGCUAAGCAUAUACCCACCGACUCUUCGCCAGCAGCGGCGAUGAGGGCAUACCGAGAGUACCGUGACCGCGUUCGCAAGCCUGUGCUCGCAACAUACACAAUUCUGGGCUUCUUGAGCUCGGGUACUUAUGGAAGGGUGUACAAGGCCAGGCUUAGGAGUGCGCCCCAGGUGAGCUCGAGUAGCGUGCCUCCUGCGAUAGGGUACGGCGGUGGAGUGGGUGGCGGAGGAGGAGUGGGUAGAGACGCAGGAGGUAGAGACGCAGGACCUGGUUCAGGCGUCGCAACCGGAGGAGGAGGCGCAACAGCAAAGAAGCAUGCAGGGCUAUUGCAGCAGCAUCAGCUGUUGGAUUUGCCGAGUGCAGCUUCUUGCCUUGAUGCUACGUCAAAGUCGUUGGCUGAGGGUGCAGGAGACAAGGCUACAUCGAGCGGGUUGGGCGAUUCUUCUCCGAGCCUGGCUACUUCAAGUGGAGCAGCAGUCCCAGCAGCGCUAGGAGGAACAGAUCACAGUGCACAGCUCGCCAAUGCUAUUCCCGAUGGCCAGGUCUAUGCCAUCAAGAAGUUCAAACCGGACACCAAGGAAACCGAUGCAACCAUCUACACAGGUAUCUCACAGAGCGCCAUGCGUGAGAUCUCACUCAAUCGCGAACUCUGCCACGUAAACAUUGUCACUCUUCACCAAGUUAUGCUGGAAGACAAAGCGAUCUACAUGGUUUUCGAGUAUGCAGAGCAUGACUUGCUACAGAUCAUUCACUACCACUCCACAGCCUUACGUGCUCCAAUUCCAUCGGCCGUACUGAAAAGCCUGCUUUGGCAACUCAUCAAUGGCGUCGCCUAUCUUCACGCCAACUGGAUCCUGCAUCGAGAUCUGAAACCAGCAAAUAUUCUCGUCACCUCGCAAGGUGUGGUCAAGAUCGGUGACUUGGGUCUAGCUCGUCUCUACUCUUCCCCGCUCCAGAGUCUGUACAAUGGCGACAAGGUGGUAGUGACGAUCUGGUAUCGAGCACCAGAAUUGCUGCUGGGAGCAAGACACUACACCACAGCCAUCGAUAUGUGGUCUGUCGGAUGUAUCUGGGGAGAACUCCUGGCUCUACGACCAAUGUUCAAAGGAGAAGAAGCAAAGGUGGAUCCCAAAACAAAAGCAGCUCCUUUUCAAACGGAUCAACUGAAACGUAUCGUUGAAGUGCUAGGUACUCCCAACAAAGACAGGUGGCCGGCGAUCGAGUCUAUGCCUGACUACAAGGGUUGGUGGCCUCAUUUGCGACUGGACAAUUAUCCCAAGACGCUUUCAAGGUGGUAUACGACACGCAACAAAGGUGACGAUGGCUAUGAUCUCUUUGAUUCAUUGCUACAGUAUGAUCCAGAGCAAAGGUUGACUGCCAAUCAAGCACUCGAGCAUGGCUGGUUUACUUGGCAAGAUCCUAAGCCGACGGCCAACGCUUUUGUCAGUCUUGCCAAACCCAUAGGCACCUAUCCUAACCGACGUGUGAUUCAAGACGAUUUGGAUCCAAAGAUGAUAUCCAACUACCUUCCACCCAUCGAUUCGCAUCAUCUUGCACCUUCGCAUCAGUUCAACCUGAACAGCAGCCAUCCUCAUCGACUAGCUCAGCUUUUGCAUCAGCAAGAACAGCUGCGCCAUCAACAGAUGCAAAGCCAGCAACCACUGCAGCAGCAACCGCCUCCCACCACUGCAGUGGCGGCUGCAAGGGCCGCUGCUCCCGUAGCGCCUCCUGUGGGCGGUCCUGCUGCUCCGCCGCCCAUCACGAUUGGCAGUGCUAACACUGGCGGCGCUGGAGCUGGUGCAGCUGGGGGAGCAGGCGGAGCAGGCGGAGCAGGCGGAGCAGGCGGAGCAGGCGGAGGAGCUUUUGCGUUCUCAUCCGCUGCACCUAGCACAGCACCCAGUCAUACUUUGCAGAACCCAGUGAUCAGGAUCGCGGGAACGUCAGGAGCAACAUACUCCAAUCCGGCUAGUGUGACGAGUGUCCAGAGUGUUGCAUCGACCGAAGCGGGGAGUGCGACGGAUACGCCUACGACAGUUGGCACAGGGACAGGGGUAGCAGCGAGAAACGCCAACAAUCUUGUGGCUACUGCGACCCGCAAUCAACAACGUAAACGGCAGCGCAUCUGA